GUGGCUUCUCCCUGUGUUUGCUCCUCCCUCCCGGCGGCCGCAGAACCGGAAAACAUUGCUGCCCUUGCCGCCCUGCCUUUUCCUUCUCCUCCCUGUAAAAACUGCUGCGGGGCCCCGUGUCUCCCUGCCCUCUGCCGUCACCCUCGUGGUGUCACUGUCCCGGCGUCACUCUCCCGGCACAGAGCGGCACUGUAUUAGACCUGAGACCAAACGUGGGUUAUAAAGGCACCACCUGUGUGACAGCAAACCCUUGCUAAGAGUGCUAGUAAGGAGUCAUCAAACACAACACAGAGGUGCAGCAUUCCUAACCGGAAGGGAAAAUUCCCAGGCUAUCUAGCCCUUAAUUCUGCCAUGGCCACAAAAAACACCGGCUCAAAGAAAUAUGUCCAGCUGCUCCUUCUUCAGGUUGCUCUUCUAGGGCCUGUUUUCUGUGGGAAGGUGUUGGUCUGGCCAACGGAAGGCAGCCACUGGCUGAACAUGAAUGUAAUUAUACAAGAACUCAUCCACCGUGGGCACAGCGUUACCAUCCUGGUAUCCAACGCUACCCUCUUCAUUAAACCCAAGGCUAAUGCCAGGGAGAAGAUUGAGCUCUAUAACGUGCCCUUUAAGAAGGAUCUCCCUCAGACCCUGAUUAAUGGAAUAGUGGCACUGUGGCUCAAUAACAGGCCAACCAUUUUGACCUUCUGGCAUUUUUAUAAGGAGCUGGGAAGAUUGUCCGUAGACUGGCAGAAGAUGAACAAGCUGAUGUGUGACUCGGUGCUAGCCAACCCAGAGCUGAUGGCUCGCCUGCGGGGGGCUGGCUAUGACAUGCUGCUGUCAGACCCGGUGACCCCCUGCGGGGAACUCAUUGCUCUCAAGCUGGACAUCCCCUUUGUCUACUCUCUACGCUUCUCUCCAGCCUUCACCCUAGAGAGGCACUGUGGCAAGAUCCCAACCCCACCGUCCUACACACCUGCAGCCCUGUCUGAGCUCACUGACCAUAUGUCCUUUGUUGAGAGAAUAAAAAACUUUGUGUCCUACCAUCUGCAAGACUAUGUUUUCCAGACCUACUGGGGACAUUGGGAUAUCUACUACAGCAAGAUCUUAGGUAACCACUGGCUGAACAUGGAGUUCAUGCUCCGGGAGCUUGUGCUCCGGGGCCAUGAGGUGACUGUGCUGAUGCCUUCAUGCUUCCUCAUCUUCAACCACACACAGCCCUCACCCUUCCACUUCGAGGUGAUUGAGGUGCCGAUCACCAAAAAGGAGAUGGCUGCCGUACUGGAUGAAUUUUUCUAUUUUUGGUUUUACGAGGAGAGAGUGCUACCAUUCUGGAAAAGUGCUUACAAGAUAGCUCAACAACUCAAAAAGCUGGAGAAUGUAACCAAAACCAUUUGUGAUGGGGUCCUGAAGAAUGAGACGCUGCUGGAGAGACUGAAGGCAUCUGCCUUUGAUGUCCUUUUGGCAGACCCACUGGCACCCAGUGGGGAGCUGUUUGCUGAGAAGCUGGGUAUCCCCUUCGUGUAUACCAUCCGGUUCUCCUUAGGCAACACAGUGGAGCGGCUCUGUGGGAUGCUCCCAGCACCUCCUUCCUACGUACCAGCCGCCCUAAGCAGCCUAACAGAUAGGAUGACCUUCUGGGAAAGGCUAAAAAACAUCUUCAGCUACACUUUGCAGGAUAUCAUGUAUCAUUACCUUAUCUGGGGAGGCUGGGAUCAAUACUACAGUGAUGUUUUAGGAAGACCCACAACGCUGUGUGAGACGAUUGGGAAAGCAGAGAUAUGGUUAAUCAGAACUUACUGGGAUUUUGAAUUUCCACGUCCUUUCCUGCCCAACUUUGAGUUUGUUGGAGGACUUCAUUGCCAGCCUGCAAAGCCACUACCAAAGGAAAUGGAAGAAUUUGUUCAGAGCUCCGGGGAACACGGCAUUGUGGUAUUCUCUCUUGGGUCAAUGGUCUACAACCUAAGUGAUGAAAAAAGUAAUGUGAUUGCCAAAGCCCUCAGCCAGCUUCCACAAAAGGUCCUCUGGCGGUACAAAGGGAAAAAACCAGAAACUCUGGGCUCCAACACCAGGAUUUAUGACUGGAUACCCCAAAAUGACCUGCUUGGACAUCCCUCCGCAAAGGCCUUUAUUACUCACGGUGGGACCAACGGGCUCUAUGAAGCCAUCUACCAUGGGAUCCCAAUGGUUGGGAUUCCCAUGUUUGCUGACCAGCACGACAACAUUGCUCAUGUAGUGGCAAAGGGAGCUGCAGUUCAUGUGGAUUUCAACACACUGAAGACUCAGGACCUGGUUGAUGCACUGAAUACAGUAAUUUACAAUUCCACCUAUAAGGAAAAUGCUCUAAAGUUAUCCAAGAUACAACAUGACCAGCCAGUUAAGCCUCUGGACAGAGCUGUCUUCUGGAUUGAAUUUGUCAUGCGCCACAAAGGAGCAAAGCACUUGAGACCAGCUUCUCACCAUCUCACGUGGUACCAGUACCACUCCCUGGAUGUUCUGGCAUUCUUGUUCACCUGUGUAGCCAUUACUGUCUUCAUUCUUGUUAAGUGUUGCUUAUGUUGCUGUAGAAGAUGUGGCAGGAUUGCAAAGAGGAAGAAAGAAUAGACAUCUUGUUCUCAUCAGCACUUUUUCUUCUCCUAGGCUGAUUCAGCAAGGCAUUUAUUAGGAUGUGCUUUAAACUGGGCAUAUCAUGAAGUGCCCCACUGAACAGGGUCAUGAUACAAAGCUGUUGUGGGGAAGAGCUGGUUGCUUAGCCUGCAAAUUCCUUCUGGCCUAAAUAAAAUUGAAUUAUAGUUGCUUUAGCCCUUGCGACCAUGUUAGCUGAUCAUACAUGGUCCCUACCAUGGUAAUUACUGCUCUAACUUUUUAAAUUCAUUUGGGUAUAUUCCAUAAAUUCAGCCUUCCUCUGUGUGGUACUGUGGGUCUGCAACUAGUCUCCUUACCUUAACUCUGUCCUCUCCUCUAGUGUAACCCAAGCUUGAUGAUUCUCAACCAUAAUACCUCUCCUGUCAGAGUCUCUCUCUCCAGACAGGACAGUGAAGCUAAGAUCACAGGCUCCUAAAAAGUGCCCAUCUGAAGGGCUGUGAUCCUAAAAAUUGGGCACUGCAAGUGGCAAAUGCACUGACUACUUGGAGGCUGAGGGGAGACCAGAGUCCUAAGACCAUCAGAGAAAUUGCUUUUCUGGGAACCAUUUAUCUUUUCCUUUCAGUCUGGAGUCCUGCUGCACAGGCCACCAUUCUAACUGCAACACUGCAGGGAUGUGAAAACCACCUCUGUCAGGAACUUGCCCGUUUUAAACCCCAAAUGCCUCUGAGCCACACAAGAAAAACUCUAGAGAGGGAACUUGCAAAACAGUAACAUUACAAGUGGGAACAGUGCACUAGUCACUUGCCUUGCCUGCAAAGUUUGAGGGAAAAUAAUGCUGCUCUUGGGUCAGGUAAGACUGGUACUAAAUGCAGUACACUUCUUCAGUUGUCAAAGGUUUCUACUAAAAUGCUGCUAGUUCAGGCCUCCUGUUCUAGGUAAGGUUUUUAUGUGCCAGCUUACUCGAGAAAGAACCUGCUCCAAUUUUGACUGAUUUCUGCUGUACUCUGGAAUUGUUUUCAAACAGAACCGGCUGAGAAAACAUGAUUAUUUGUUUACAUAAUAAAAUUCCUUAUAUCACGUCAA